GGCAACUGUUGUGGAGCCGCCACAGUCCCGGUAGUUAAACAAAAGUACGCAAAAAUGCAAUCGCUACGGCAUUGCAAUUGGUGUUGGCAAUGGAUGAACCAUUUGAAACAGCAAACGCACAGCGGUAGGAAAUGUUUGUACUCGUCCAGUGCACGACGCAGUGUUCUGCGCCAGGAUGUAUCGAAGUUACCCAAGCACCGUUUUCCGAUCGCCAAACCCAGCGAUACGCGUUUGUACGUGUGGGGUUUGGCCGCUACUGGGGCGCUCGGAAUGCAAACUUCGCUUAAAAAGCAGGCACACGUUCACACCGAUUUUGUGCAGCAUCCUAGCAGGCUCAGCUUUGCAGAAAGUCACAGUGUUACCGAUGCUACUGCCGGGUAUGGAUUCUCUAUCUAUGCGGUCAAAGACACCAAGGGAGCUUGCCUUUGGGGCACGGGUAUUAAUACCGAUGGUCAGCUAGGCUUUCAGAAGGCUCCGGGAGAGCAUAAAAAGCCCAUCGAACUGCUAAUCUACCCGGCCCCAAUAGAUUUGUCGGGCCCCACCGAGGGAAAGGAACAGGGGCAAAUAAAACAGGUGUCGGCCGGGAGGGCACACGUGUUGGCGCUGGCCAACGAUGGAUCGGUGUUUGCCUUUGGAAACAACGCUUAUGGGCAGUGUGGUCGACGCAUAGUACCGGAUGAAGAUUAUUUCCGAAACCCCGUCGUGAACAGAAUCAAUCCGGAUACCGCGGAAGAUCGGGUAUGUUUGGUAGAGUGCGGCCAGGACCACAGUUUGCUAUUGACGGAGGCAGGACGAGUAUUUUCUUGCGGCUGGAGUGAUGAUGGGCAAGCGGGCCAAGGUAGAUACGGGUUGAUCGAUAAAGUUGGUCCCGCAGAAGGAGAUAUCAAAGGAGAAAAGAUUGUGAAGGUUUCCAGUAGCUGCGACACCGUGCUAGCAGUUAAUGACAAAGGAGAGCUCUUCGGAUGGGGAAAUUCAGAGUACGGUCAAUUAGGACCGGUUGCCGAGGAUAACCCACAAAUCAAUGUCCCAAGUCAUUUGCCGUUUGCUAAGCAUUGUGGGAAAAUCGUUGACGUUGCUGCGGCCGGAUCAUAUUGCUUAAUUUUGAAUGAAAAUGGAGACGUUUUUUCCUGGGGCUACGGUAUACUUGGGUUUGGUCCGGAAGUCCAACACCGCCCUACCCCGACGCUCAUUCCCCCGACGCUUUUCGGACGCAACGCCUUCAACCCGAAUGUGCGUGUAAUCGCGCUUUCGUGCGGUAUUACGCACUCUGCUGCCAUCAACGAUCAGCACGAUCUGUACAUGUGGGGCCACAAUCGACACGCUUGUCUAGGGCUGGGUCACAAGAACGAUCAAUUUUUUCCGCUGAAGGUGGCACUCAACGCGCAGGUGGUGAAAGUAAGUUGCGGGGUCGAUCAUACGAUCGCAUUAUGUAAGGCAUUUGUUUGAAAUAAGAUAAAUAAUUUGCACACGUUGAUGAUGUUAUAAUU